AUGCCUCGGCCCGGCCGCAACACGUACAGCGACCAGAAGCCGCCCUACUCGUAUAUCUCGCUGACCGCCAUGGCCAUCCAGAGCUCGCCCGAGAAGAUGCUGCCGUUGAGCGAGAUCUACAAGUUCAUCAUGGACCGCUUCCCCUACUACCGGGAGAACACGCAGCGCUGGCAGAACAGCCUGCGCCACAACCUCUCCUUUAACGACUGCUUCAUCAAGAUCCCGCGGCGGCCAGACCAGCCCGGCAAGGGCAGCUUCUGGGCGCUGCACCCCAGCUGCGGGGACAUGUUUGAAAACGGUAGCUUCCUGAGGCGCCGCAAGCGCUUCAAGGUGCUCAAGUCGGACCACCUGGCGCCCAGCAAGCCCGCCGACGCGGCACAGUACCUGCAGCAGCAGGCCAAGCUGCGCCUCAGCGCGCUUGCGGCCUCGGGCACGCACCUGCCGCAGAUGCCCGCCGCCGCCUACAACCUGGGCGGCGUGGCGCAGCCCUCGGGCUUCAAGCAUCCCUUCGCCAUCGAGAAUAUCAUCGCGCGCGAGUACAAGAUGCCUGGGGGGCUGGCCUUCUCCGCCAUGCAGCCCGUGCCCGCCGCCUACCCGCUCCCCAACCAGUUGACUACCAUGGGCAGCUCGCUGGGCACUGGCUGGCCACACGUGUACGGUUCCGCAGGCAUGAUCGAUUCGGCCACCCCCAUCUCCAUGGCUAGUGGCGAUUACAGCGCCUACGGCGUGCCGUUGAAGCCUCUGUGCCACGCAGCGGGCCAGACGCUGCCCGCCAUCCCCGUGCCCAUCAAGCCCACGCCGGCCGCAGUGCCCGCGCUACCCGCGCUGCCUGCGCCCAUCCCCACCUUGCUCUCGAACUCGCCGCCCUCGCUCAGCCCCACGUCCUCGCAAACAGCCACCAGCCAAAGCAGCCCCGCCACUCCCAGCGAAACGCUCACCAGCCCGGCCUCCGCCUUGCACUCAGUGGCGGUGCACUGA